AUGGCACAUUCUGAGUCCGAAGCUUGCGACACCAAGAAUUUUAAGAUCAGCAAGUUGCCUGUGGCAGUCAUACUGCUUGUGGAGCUAUGUGAACGACUUACAUAUUACACGUUGGCAGGCACACAGAAGAUCUACUUUCAAAAUCAAUUGCUGAAGACACCAUCUACUGCAGCUGCAUUGAAUUCGGUCUUCAGUAUGUUGUGCUAUUUCUGGUGCGUACCUGGUGGUCUGCUGGCAGACUCAAUUGGUCGCUACAAGACCAUCAUCGCCGCUGGCAGCGUUUAUGCCAUUGGGACCAUUUGCGUCGGCAUUUCUGUGAUCUACCAAUUCCAGGAAUCUCUGGGAUGGCUCUUCACAGCAAGUUGCCUGGUUCUGAUUGCUAUGGGAACUGGUGGCAUCAAGCCCAACAUUGCAACCUUUGGGGCUGAUCAAAUCGGUGACGCUACAGAAAAGCAGCGUCAGUGUCAGACAACUUUCUUUUCCCUCUUCUACCUGUCCAUCAACAUUGGUGUCUUGAUAGCCUUUGGCUUCUUGACCAACACAACGACUGGUGGGCUUCCCGGAGUGAUUCCACAGGAAGAGGGCUAUUCUUUUGCCUAUGGCUCUGGGGCAGGUUGCAUGAUUCUGGCAGUAUUGAUCUUUGUGGGUUUCACAGGGUCAUAUACAAUGCUCCCAGGAAACGGAUUGGGACCUGCCCGGCGCUUGAUUCGGUACCAAUACUAUUCUGUGUGGAAUGGAGGCGGUUGGAGGGCUGCAAUGUCUCUUGCGGGCUUCCUUUGCCUUCCUUUGUUCUACAUUGUGACACUGGCUGAUACUCUUCUUUCAGCUUCUGCUGAGAAAUCGAGCACAAAAGUUUUCACCGACCCUUGUGCAGCACCUCUCACAGAAGCACCUCCUCGGAUGCUUCAUGGUGCUGGUGGAGAGGGCGUGCUUAGCGACAUUGCGUUGGCUUUGGGAUCCAUGGCAUGCAUUUUCCUCAUUGUGGCCCAUGUCAACUGCUCUUGGGUACGAAGCCUUGGAGACGAGUCGCAGCACCAGCAUAGCCGUAGCUUUAAUGUAAAGGAAGCUCAACAGUCGCUUUCGGCACUCCCAAUGAUUGUGGUGGUCAACAUUUCAUUCAGCCUCUGCUACAAUUCCAUGAACAAUGCAUUCCCGUCCCAAGCUUGCCAAAUGGAUGUUCGCUUGGGCUCAUCACAAUUCAAUGGUGCUUUCUACAACAUUUCGGAUGCUUUGGCCAUUGUCAUUUUCACGCCUAUCUUCGAGACCUGCUUGUUUCCAGUCAUUUCAAAGCUCAAAGGCUCACCCGUUCGCUUGGGGCAAAAGAUUGUGGCUGGUUUGGUCGUUGCUUGCAUCUCCAAUGUCUCUGCUGCGUGGUUAGAAUCCAAGCGACGAGACGCGCCAUAUCUUUGUGGCGAUGCUGGCUUUUCUCAAUGUGCUCCACACUACACACAAGAUGGCCUGGAAGGUACACGAAUGAAGGACAUCAGUGCAUUCUGGAUUUUCAUUCCAUUUAUACUUGUCGGAAUUUCAGAGAUCUUGGUAAACCCUUGCAUGUACUGCUUCUGCUACGAAUCAGCUCCAGCACAAGUUCGAUCUUUAGUUCAGGCCAUCAACCUGUUCUUUUCGGGUUCUGUGUCGAAUGCAUUCACCGCUGUUGUCUCGAAACUUUUGUAUCCAAAUGACUUGGACUCAGGUCAUUUAGAGAAUUACUAUUUGGUAAAUGCAAGUAUGGCAGUAGCUGGAAUUUUGGCUUACUUUGCCGUGACCCGUUGCCGAAGUGGCAGUGAGAUCAAUGAGGGCAGAGUCAAUGAACUCGAGCUCGAUGGAAUUUGUGAAGGCGAAAAGUCCGAAGAAUGUAAAGACGGCAAAGAGUGCCGCAAAGUGUAGAGUGGCACAACGAAUGGCACAACGAAUGGCCCGAAUGGCCCGAAUGGCCCGAAUGGCCCGAAUGGCGCGAAUGGCGCUGAGUUUUAGGGUUUAGGGCGCCACAUUUGGCCACAAAUCUCGCCACGGUCUGACAGGUAAGAUCUGGACAGGUCUACAGUUGACAG